GUUUUCUUCUCUUAGAACAAACAAACUUAAAUGUGUAUAGAUCGCUGUGGCUUAAUGGAGAGAAUCGGAUACGUGGGUUAUAUCGUUCUAAACGCUUUGUCGAGCAUCUAAGUACGUUAGAAAAAUGCUUUUUGUGGACUACAGAUAAUACCUUAACUGACACUAUACCCGUGCUUGACAUAAAUGAUAUCGAUCGGUUGUGCGAAUUUCCUGAAUCCUUUUAAUCUGUAUUUUGUAUGCGUAAUAUAUGUUUUAUUUUUUCUCUAAAUAAACCUUUUAUGUAUUAUUUUGUUCUUUUUGUGGUACGCCUGUGUGAUUGACUUCUCUUUCUCCCUGAUAUUACUAUUGUUGUCUUUUAUUUUAAUGUGAAUUGUUGUCCUCAAUAUUAGUAAGAUUUAUCUAAUUAUGUAAAACUUGCUCUUGUACUGUAAGGACCCUACGGGUCACAGUUAUCUGGCAAAUAAAUAAAAAAUGACUGACUUUUAUUUAAUUUUUUCUCAAAUAUCAUAAUGACAACAACCGUCAUCUGAUUAUACCGUUCAGACACCACGAGUUAAUCUUCUCAUUAUUCUCUGAUCAAAGAUGAUUUGAACCGGCUCAUUAGAAAAAGAUCAAAAGAAAAAUCAGUUUUUAAAAACGAAGUUAAUAAUUAUUUUCAUUGAUAGAGUUAUACAGUAUGUGCGUGUGUAUAUGUGUACAAGUAAGCAGCAGAAACAAAGAGUAGUUUUAUGAUAAACUGUGUCUUCAGUAAAUAUGAGACAUUUUUGCUGUCUUUAUGUCUGUUCAAGAAGAACGCUAAAUGUUCUCUUAAUAUGUCUUGAUCUAAUGUGUAUAGAAAAAGUCUCAUUCAAUGACACAUCUGUAUGAUUUUAAUGAAGCUGUUAGUAAGCUUGAAGGCGAAGUGACACUCGGAUUGCGUUUAAUUCAUUAUAAAAAUCGUCAUGGCCAAACGUAUGAAAAUCGUCCAUGCGAUAUUAAAAUUCAACAUGAUGUGAAUCGUGAUGGACGAUGUGAUACUGCAUUUUUAUUUUGUCUUGUCGAACUUCCAUUUCAAAAUCCGCAUAAUUGUACAUUAGGUGAUUAUUUUACAGGAUUUGUCGGAGCAGAUGAUAUUCAUUUUAUUAACAUUGAUGAUAAUGAUACACACAUUCGACCAUACAUGCAACAACGAUCACAUACUACAUCACUAUGGUUUUUACCCACAAUAUAUUUUAAAUUUAAAUAUCCCAAGAAUGGUAUUGGUCUCAUUGUGGAAGUGUUUGAUGUUGAUGAUUUACAAAAUCAAAUGUUUCAUGAUUCAAUUGAUUUUUAUGGACGAACAUUAUUAGAUAUUAGAUUAUCCACGUCAAAACAGACAGCUCAAUUACAACAUAUUGUAUUGAGAAGUUUAUUUGGUAGUUAUACUAACUUAACUGUAGACUUUUCACUAUAUUGUUCUGAAAAUUAUUAUGGACACGAUUGUAAUACGUAUUGUAUUGGAAAUGAUCGAUAUACUUGUGAUUUACAAUUAGGAAAAAAAUUAUGUAACAAAGGAUAUUUUGGACAAGAUUGUUUAAGUGAUCUUCAAGCGUGUGAAAAUAAUCCAUGUUUGCAUAAUGGCACGUGUGUAGUAUAUUUACGUGAUUAUGUGUGUCAAUGUUCGGACGGUUUUACAGGAAGAUCAUGUGAAAUUAAAGUGCAAACUACUGGUUGUAAUUCGUCUUCUUGUAUCCAUGGUCGAUGUAGUAAAAAUAAUAAAUGUAUCUGUGAAGAAGGAUGGACUUCACCAAAUUGUAAUCAAUCUAUAUCAGAUUAUAUUGGAGGUUGUUAUAACAAUCCUUGUUUACAUAAUUCAACGUGUGAAAGUUUAGAUAAUAAAAAUAAAUCGUAUCAGUGUCAUUGUCGUCCUACACAUACGGGAAAACAUUGUGAAGUUGAAAUUUUAACAACAUGUGAGAGAAUUCCAUGCGUAAAUGGUCAAUGUGUAAAAGUUGGGUUAUAUAAUGAAAUUUGUAUUUGUCAACCUUAUUGGUCUGGAAUUGAUUGCACAAAACCAUAUAUAGCAACUACAGAGAAACGUCGUUCAGUUAUCACAAAUACAUUAGUACCAAUAAAUCUUAGUGCAAAACGCAUAUCCGUUCGUUCAACUACACUUAAAACAACUCAUAUUCCGAGUACAUUUUUUCCUCAAUGGAAUCGUCAUCGUCCAACAACGUCAAUUAAAUUUAAUAAGAGUGAUGAUGUAAAAGAAUAUCUCGACUGGUUAAACGAACAAUAUGGUGAUCAAUUAUCAGCACAAAUUCUCUUUCCAAAAACGUCAAUAAUUGUAGAACAUCAAUAUACAACAACAGCGUUUAAUCCAUAUAAACAUACACCAUGUUUGAGUGCACCAUGUCUUCAUAAUUCAACAUGUGUCAUUUUAUCUCAACAAAAUUUCCAUUGUGUAUGUCAAAAUGGUUAUAUUGGAGUGUAUUGUGAAAUACAACAAAAUUUGUGUGAAAGUAACCCAUGUAGCAAUAAUGGUGUCUGUGUCACAAAGGCAAAUAAUGAAAUACAAUGUUUAUGUCCACCAGUAUUUAGUGGAAAAUUUUGUGAACAACUAGCUCUAUCUCAACUGCCUGUAUCUGCAUUCAAAUGUAAAAGACAAUGUCAAAAUGGAGGAUUAUGUUUAACAAAUGAGCAUAAUGAAGAAGAAUGUAUUUGUAAACAAUCGUUUACCGGUGUUAACUGUGAAUUGAUUAAACCUACUAAAGAAGUAAACAUGGGACAAAAUUGCUCUAAAUCGAAUGAUAAACUUUGUAUGGAUCCUUGUGUCUCCAAUCCUUGUCUCUACAAUGGUACAUGUUCAUCAGCCAUUCACAACUAUACGUGCUCUUGUGAUAAAAAUAGACUUGGUAUUAGAUGUGAAAUUGAAUCACAAGAUUCCUCAGAUGCAUCGAUAUCAGUUCGAGAUUCUUCACAUGAUGAUACAACUGAUUUGUGGCCUUUAGCAAUUGUAUUCGGUUAUGUGUUUUCACUCAUGCUUGUAUUUAUUAUCAUAUGGUUUCUGUGGUAUGGUUUAACAAUUCGUCCAUCUUCCAGUCUGUUUUUUCGUUCUGACCUUCGUUUUGAUAAUCACCGUCAUCUUGCUCAAACUCAGCGUAUCGAUCGUUUAGCUCCAUCACGAAUAGGUGUGGCUAAUCCGUUAUUUUUUCAUCAUAGCGCCGAUAAAUACAGUCCAAGUCCUAGUAUAGGUUGGACAAAUACACCACGAUCAUUAAACAGAUAG